AUGACAAUACUAACUCGAGCCCGCAGUGCUGUUUUUAGAAAUUUCCAGGAUUUACCCACAUCACACAUCACCAUGGCUACAAAAGGAAAGGCCACCAUGUCAAAACUGUCAAUCCCCAAGAGACACUCCCAAGGAUCAAGGUCACAAUCAUAUCAAAGCUCUUCAGCCCAAGAGUUUGUGGACAUUCCAGCCAGGUCACAAGAUGAUGAUUUUUCCCAAGGCGACAAUUUUUCGAUCUCUCCUGGGCUUAACGGAUCAUGUCAAUUUGAUAACCUAGGCAACUGGGCCAUCAGCGAUGCCAUGUUAACCUGUGCUGAUAUUAGCACAGCCAGCGAGGCAACUGAUGAGUCAUUUGACACUCAAUCACUUUCAACCACUGAUUAUGAUAUGCAUGAAUCCCAAAUGUUGACAUUCGCCCCAUACACACAGCCCCUCUUUUCAGGAUCCGCUGACCACACUACCUUUUCGGAUAUCAACCCAAUUCAGGAUGCGACCGCCAGCUGCGAUAGCCCGCAGAUGGCAUUUAGGAAUUCCCAUGGGUUCCAAACCGUUUCCGGUGCUAUGGGAUUUUCUGUUAAGAAUGAGUCAGGCCACAUUACCACUGAAAAUGGACAUGAAAAUGAAAAAUGCCAGAUGGAGUUCGACCCAGCUCACCAAGGAAUGAAGAACUCCGACUCAUUGGCUGUCUCCAGCCCCUGGUGCCAGUCAGCAAUGAGUGAUGAUACCUCUACUGGAAAUGUAGUUCAUAUGUCGAACCUGUACGCCCAGAUACCAGCUACCCCUCCACUUACUGAGGCCGGUCAAGAUGUACCCGUUACUUCUGCCUGCUCCCCCUCUAACUUUUCUCCUUACGCCGGACAUGAUGACUCUCCUUUUGUUGAUACUGCCUAUCUUUCAGGCCAGAACUUCCCAAUGAACGGCUUCUAUCCUCUCAGCCCACCGCUGAGUGCCAAAGAUUAUAACAGCUUAUCUACUGAGGCUACUGGCGAUAUUUCAGAAGUAUCCGAUGGAGAUAUGUUUUCCACGUCAGUCUUAAGCUCCAGAACCAAAGAUGGUGCAGAGACCAGGAACCCAAGAGACCAUCCGUUUUAUUCCCUUCCCCCAGAGACCGAUGGGAAGUACUACUGCCCAUUUGCAUCCAGGGAAAAGCCUUGCUCUCACACCCCAACCACUCAAAAGUGUGCUUACCACAAAUAUCUGGAUUCCCACCUUAAGCCAUACAGGUGCAAAGUCCCACAAUGUGUGGACGCCCAUUUCUCUUCCAAUGCUUGUCUAUUCCGCCAUGAAAGGGAGGCCCAUGGUAUGCAUGGCCAUGGGGAAAACCCUCAUCUCUGCCAUUUCCCAGCCUGUGAACGGUCAAUCCCUGGAAACGGCUUCCCCCGCCGUUGGAAUCUACAUGAUCAUAUGAGGCGUGUCCAUGACUGCACUUCAUCUGACAAAGCCAGCUCCCCCGAAGGAUCUCCAGUCACCGGAGCCGCCGGAAAGAAGAAGGACUCUGCAAUCCGCAAAAGGAAGGGUGGUUCACCAAACAGCCAGACCAUGAAGCGAGUGCGCCCAGUUCAAUCUCAAACUGCGGCAGCUCUCAAGCUUGCCCAGGCACAGAGCGGCCAGCAGCUUCAAAACGCAGAGAGAAGCUAUUAUGCCUGCCUUGCUCAGCUACAAGAAGAACUCAAGAAUAUCAAUCCACAGGAUCCCACUCUCCAUGAAAAAGCCAAUGCCAGGCUGCAGGAACUCCACACUCUUAGCCUCAACUACCGCUAUAUCCGAGCUGGCCAGCUUGCUAACGAAAGGGCAUCCAAGUCAUCCUAA